AUGAGUCAAUUCCCUGCGACUGACCCUGCGGUCUACGAUGAAUACAAAAACAAAUGGGCUUCGUUACCAGAAAACGAGCAUGGCUGGCUGGCACGAGCUCGCGAGGUCGCCGAGGUCCUUGCUCAGGACUCCGCGAAGCGUGAUCAAGAAAAUAAAUCACCUGUAGCAGAAAUCGCUCUUCUCAAGCAUUCUCAUCUACUGAAAACCCUGGGUCCUGAGAAGUAUGGCGGUGGUGGCCAGCCAUGGAACGUGGCAUAUAAAGUGAUUCGCGAGGUCGCCAAAGCUGAUGGAUCAAUCGGCGCACUUCUCGGCUACCACUUACUCUGGUCAAGAGUGGCAGACAUCGUAGGCACACCCGAACAGAGCGACCGUCUCGACCAGCUUAUCAUUACGAACAACUACUUUGUCGGCGGUGCAGUGAAUCCUCGUGACAACGACCUUCGAAUCAGUAUAGAUGGAGAAAAUAUCGUCUUCAACGGCGCUAAACACUUCAACACUGGUGGCGUGAUUUCCGAUCUCACUGUUCUUGAGGGCAUUCUUGAAGGAACAAAUGACCACAUUUUUGCCGUUGUGCAUACGAAACAGCCUGGAAUCCAGUUUGCACAUAACUGGCACAAUAUUGGUUUACGAUUGACUGAAUCUGGCAGCGUCAAAAUUGACAAUAUCAAAGCUCCUUGGACUGAUGCCCUGGGCUGGGAUGCAGUUGCGCGCAAGCCUCUGCCUGAUGUAUUGCAGAUACCUUGGGGUAGUCUUCUUCUUCCGGUUAUCCAGCUUGUUUUCAGUAACUUCUACCUCGGAAUUGCGAUUGGUGCACUCGAAUACGCUGCCAAGUAUACUACUUCGCAUACACGCGCCUGGCCAUUUGGCGGAGACGUAAAGGAGUCGCCAACAGAAGAGUUCUAUAUUUUGGAACGCUACGGGAAUUUCUUUGCUCAUCUGCGUGCUGCCGAAGCCCUCGCUGACCGUGCUGGAGACCAGGUGGCCGCUCUUUUCGCUCGCCACGGUAGUGAUCACGUAAAGUUAUCCGGCGAAGAACGCGGAGAGAUUGCCGAAUGGGUCGCCAGUGUCAAAGUCGUUACGACAGACGUUGGACUUAGGGUUACCUCCGGAAUUUUUGAGGUGACUGGUUCAAGGGCCACUUCCUUGAAGGUGGGAUUGGACCGGUAUUGGCGGGAUCUAAGGACACACACGUUGCAUGAUCCGGUUGCGUACAAGAACCGAGAGCUGGGUAGAUAUGUGGUCUUGGGAGAGAUUCCACAGCCGACGUGGUAUACUUGA